CAAUAAAACUCCAUUGAAACAUGGUUUCAUGUGAUGCUCUUUCCUACUCUUAUCGUCUUCUUCUCCCUCUCCCUUCCUCUUGAAAGAAAAAAAAAAUGGCAGAAAACAAGCAAGAUAUCAUAUCGAUCUCACAACAAUCAAGCCUUCUCGAGUGUUGCAUGUGUGGUGAUUCUGGUUUAACUCGGGAGCUUUUUCAAUGCAAAAUUUGCCAUUUCAGAUCUCAGCACAGCAAUCUGUAUCCGAAAGCCGAGUUUUACAGAGUUUGUAAUUGGUGUUUGGAUCAAAAGGAGGAUUCGAAGGAUCAGAGGUCUCAGAAUUCUUCGAACUCUUCAGCAACAUGGAAAGACAAGAUCGAGGAAGACGAUAGCAAUAAGAAGAACAAGAAGAACAAGAAGAAGACCGAGAAUGAUAACAAUCAUGGAGGGAUGAAAGGCGGCGGCCAAAGAAGCAAGGAUUUAAGGCUGCGGGUGACGAAAAGGUCGCCGUCACCGGAGAAAUCGCCACGAAGAAGGAUAAUAAGCAAUGCUCGGCUAGAAGAAAAGCUUAGGAGAACAAAAUCGGAAGAGAGAUCAAACGGUGGGUUCAUUACAAGACAUGUGUUCAGAAACAAGGUAAGAAGAUACAAGCUUUUGGACGAGGUUUCGAGUUAAUUCACAAGUUCGGAUGAUGCUCAUCCCAAAAAUGAACUUUCUAUGAUCGUAAUGGCUUUGUUUUGUUUGUGGGGGAAUCUGGUCCCAGAGGAACUUGGUUUAUGUAUUCGUACGCAAUCUGUUUUACUUUCCUUCGUUCCAAACAGAAAAGAAAAUAGUUUAUGUUUUCCCA